GAUAAAUCUCUGCGAAACAUUUAGUUUAACUGCGGACUCGGUAUAAAACUUGCUGUUCCAAACAGAUAUUGAAGUUGAAGUCAAAAUGAAGGCACUCCUGUAUCUUACAUGGAUAUGGGUACAGACACAAUUGUUGUGUUUUUCCCUAGCAACAGGAGCCCAGUGCCCAAACGGUAUACAAUGGCAACCAGAUAACAUGCCGAAGAGAGACGACCUCUGUUGCAACACAUGGAAAUGUAAUAAGGAAAAUCAAGACUUGACUGUUAAAAGCGAGGAAUUCAACAACUGCUGCACAUGUUACUCUUUCACCUCUUGGGAGGAUGGAGAAGUGAAUCUUGGCAUUGAAUACAUCUCAGUCAGUGGAAAAUCUCUUGUUAUCGACGAAAAUAAAUUUGAUGAAAAUAGUAUGUACAUGAUCGAGCACCAAUAUGGGGAAAUGACAGAAAUACCAAGUAAUUUUUGUGACUGGGAUCCAGAUUCAAGGCUUCAAGGAAUUUUUAGCGCUUACAUCUUGAAAAUACAAUACUACUGGCUGAGAAUUGUAAAAUUGGAUUUGCGAGGAAACAAAAUCAGACAAAUAGUAGACUUAAACUGCAUAAGACACCUCGAUUCUAUAGACUUAUCAUAUAACAGAAUAUCAAAGCUUACAAAUAGUUCAAUAAACCAACUGUCCUUUCUUCGAAAAAUUGAUUUGUCACAUAAUGAAAUCCAAACGAUGGAACCUUAUUUUUUAUCUCAAUCAACACAAAGCAUUUUUUUUGCAGACAUUAGUAACAAUCAACUUCCGGUCCUAGAUGUGUCAAACAUGAUAUCCCUUGUUCCAUUCUGUUCAAUUGAUUACACCUCGAAUGUUAUUGAACACCUCGUAAAUGAACUUGACUUCACUUUGGACCCAGAAAAACAUUAUGGCCCUGGCUUUGUACACCUAAAUGAAAAUGCCAUUCAACAGUUUCCUGACUUUGCUGAUCUUCUGAAUCUGGAAAGCUUGCAACAGCUUGGACAGCUUAUAUCAUUUGGAUUUGAUCUUCGAGAAAUAGAUCUAGUAUGUGAUUGCAACUUUGAGCCAUUUCUGGACUUAACUAUAGCUAUUAAAAAAACGCUUUGGCGUGAUUAUAUGAAUAUCACAUGCAAAAGCCCAGAAAACUUAAAGGGUAAGACGGCAAUAGAUGUUCACGCUUCAUUACUCAAUUGCACAUUUAAAAGGGAAGACAACUGUCCGAGAAAUUGUAAAUGUGUUGACCAGCCAUAUACAAACACAGUCUAUAUCGAUUGUUCGGAUUUAGCACUUCGUGAAAUGCCCGAAAAUCUACCAAACUCAACCUUCUCAGCUUAUAUUCAUCUAAAUCUUUCGAAUAAUUACAUCACUGAACUAAAAGACACCAACUACUUACACAAGCUUACAGUUCUAGACCUGUCAGCUAAUCAUCUCAAGGACUUCAGCAAUGGAAUGGCUAACAAGCUGGAAAACGUGACAAUCAUAAUAUCUGACAAUCCAUAUCUGCUAAAAAUUCCGCAACAGUUUCAACACAGAAACAUUUGUAGAACGGAAAUGGAGAAUGUGUACAUCAAUUGUGGUUGUGAAAUGGUAUGGAUUGAAGAAUGGCUUAAAGCUAAGUCAUGUGUUGGUGAAAAACUGUUUAACUGUCAUGUACCCAAGCAUGUUCAAGUUUUUGCUCGAGACUUUUCCGCUGAUUUACUUGACUGUGGACCAAACGUUUUCUUUUUCCACAUGAUUUUGACCUUCAUAGCCGUUAUUAUUGGGGUACUUAGCCUAGCAGCUGCUUUGGUUUACAAGUUCUGGUACGAGAUCUACAUUUUGUGGAAAAGAUUGAAACAGAAGAACAUUGACAAGCACCAUCCAGAAUUUAAUUACGAUGUAGCAAUCACCUUCAAUGAAGAAGAUGAUCAGCUAAGAAAAUGGGUCAUGAAUGUGUUGGUCAGUGGGUUGGCGAAAAUCGGGUACAAAGUAUUUCUUCCAUUUCGCGACGUACCAUUUGGCAAUGAGAGGGAUGGGGAAAUAAUAAAAACAUUUUGUGAAACCCGAGCUUUCUUGCUUAUUCUUUCAGAAAGUUAUUUGCACGAGUCCGAAGACAAUGACGCAGGCAGAUCUUGGACGGAAAACGAAUGGAAAUAUGCUUGGCAUCAGUUUAAAUCUGAUCACAGGAAAAACAUUGUGCUCUUGAACUAUGACUAUAUAUCAUCAUUGGAUGUCAGCCAUCGGCAAAUUGCGGCUUUCUUAAGGGUUGGAUGCGUAGUUCAGUUUGGUAAUCACGGAAAUAACUUAAUUUCUGAAGUAAUAUCAAAAAUUGGUCCACAUUGUGGCUACCUUCCUGCUAAAUCCCUGGGAAACAAGAAACCAGUUUUAGACAGAGCAAUGCUUCCACCAGACCCAAGAAAGAAUCAGAGAAAUCAUUUGUCCAGCAGCAUCGGCUCAUUUUCAUCCUUGAAACUAGUGCCUAUCGAAAAUGUUGACAGUAAAAAAGAACCCAAGAAUGGUAACCAUCUUGAUCUUCUAUUUAAUGUUCAAGGACAGGAAAGAAAUGAAAAGCCUAAAUUUGUUAGAGAAUGUUGCAAACAUAAAUUACAACAAGUGAACAAUUUAGAUAAGUAAAGGUGAAAACAUAUGUAUACUUUUUUCAUAGAUUUUAGAUAUAUUUGCUAGUUUAUUCAAUAUAUUCAUGAUUUGUAGCUGAAUAACACCUUUUUGAUGUGGUUUAAACUUUACCAAAGCUGUUUAAGAUAAGCAUUUUAUGUUGAAUUACAUUGCAUUUUUGUUAUGUGUAGGUGACAUAAGUUUAGCUCAAUAAAUGGUGGUGGUGGUGGUGGUGGGGUGGUUAGGUGUAUCCAACAAAUACUGAUGUACAGUAUGUAUGAUAUCAUAACUCAAUAAUCAGUAAAUGUCAAGCUGGAUGAUUCAUGGGCUUUAUAUAUAAAUUUGAGGAUUAAUCAGACAGGUCAACUAGGCCUAAAAUAAAAAAAAUCUUGUUUGGAGUAACGCGACCGACCCAUAAAAAUCAUUGCCGACUCAAAUUUUUUUUUGGCAUUUUGAUCCGCGAAUUUUUUUUUCAACGCCUUUCCGCUACUAUUUUCUGUUUCUGCUCUUUUCUUCUGUUUCGGUUCUUUACGAUUUGUAGACACACUCGUAGAGCUUCGGUUUUUAUCGCUGAUCGCAAUGAGCGUUUCGAAAACAUGGCUGACUGCAAGUUUGUCGAACGUGAACCGAACGAAAUUACGUUUUGUGUGACAAUAAAUUACUUAAGCCAUAUAUACUGUAUAAUUAAGCAUACAACCCCUUGGGGCAGGCUCAUUUCAUCAACAGACAUAAGUUUAACAUACUAGUUUUUAAAUAUUAUUCAUUGCAAAUAUUAUUUAUUGCAAAUAUACCUUCAUGAUUGUGAAAUAGCUAACACAAAAUUCCGAUAGAAUUGAUUUUAUUUGGUAAAACAUAAUGAAACAUUUUACAAUGUAAAAUCAAGUGAACUACAAGUACACAAAGCCAUUGUAUGAUUGUAUGUAAACCAAUUUGUUUCACAUUUUCGUUUGCUUAUCUUGAGUGUCAUAAGUUUGUUUUGUUGAGUUCAUCUCUGUGUCAGUCUUAAGUAGAUUGAAAUUCUUUGAAAUUAAAAAAAUAAAGGAUCAGAAGUUAAGAUGUUUGUUGUUCAAAAGUUUAUUACAAUGCCUUGAAUAACUAGUGUUAUGUAGUGAAUGUA